AUGUCUUACCUUGCCCGGAUUCCCUUAUGGUGCACCCAGAGAGUCACCAGUCUUGUGCUGGUCGCUCUGUGGGUCUUGAUAUAUAUUGCCCUCUGGCGCGACCGGCCUCGUCCAAGUGCUCCUCCGCCGCCUCAGAGCAAGAUCUCGUCAUGGUUAUCAAAGGGUAAGAAGAGCUCCGACCAUGUCGUCGCUCUCGAACCCACCAAUGCCCAGCUCGUGUUUGUGUGUUACACACUCGCCGCCCACAUUCUUGGCCUCCUGUUCCCCAUGCGGUUGCUAUGGGCCACGCGAAGCAUAACUAAGAAGCUCAACAAGAUCUUCAAUCAAUCGCACGCCACCUCCGAUGUGCUGUUGAACUAUCCAAAUCCAGCCGACGCUGAUCUUGAAACCAAACUCGAGACUGGGUAUGGAUACGACGGAUACGAGUCGACAUCAUCGUACUCUGAAUCGGAUUCUGUCACCGAAGUCGACGAGGCGAAUGAAUUGAUCCUGCAUGCCAUUGUCAUCCCAAACUACAAAGAGGAUGUGUAUCUUGCAAUGGAGGCAGGCGAGUCCGGUGCCUCGACUAAAGCUGCUGUCCUCAUGAAAGAAUUUGCCGACCAGUUCCGAGAGAUUGGAUAUACUUUGCAUCCAUCAGAUCUUCCGGGAGAAGCGCAGGGGAAGAGCAGCAAUCUGUGCUGGGCAGCGAAACAUGUGAACGGGAAAUACCUUGGCGGCCAUAUGAAAAGAAACGUCAUUGUAACGGUUAUUGAUUCCGAUAGUCAUCUCUCAUCCAAAUACUUCUCCUUGAUCAACGGCAUGCAUUUUAGAUAUCCAGAGACCGCUGAGACGACUAUAUAUGUGCCGCCGAUCAUCUUCGACCGCAACGCUCACCACGUCCCUACGCCGGUUCGAGUCGCGGAUCUACUUUGGGCCGGGGCUGGCCUGUCGGGCCACUACGAUACCUCGUCCAUAUGCCCCCCGACGUCCGUUUAUUCAUUACCCCUUUCACUUGUCGACCAAGCUGGUGGCUGGGAUGCCGGCGAGGAGGCCGUCGGCGAGGAUCUCCAUAUGUAUGUGAAAUGUUUCUUUGCCCUCGACGGCAAAUUAACAACAAGAACGGUCUUGAGCCCAGCGAGCCAGAGCAACGUUCAUACAGAUGGCAAAGGGAUCAGGGGCUUCUUCCGGGACUGCAAGGCGCGAUAUCGACAAGCUUUGAGACACAUGUGGGGCGCCCUCGAUAGUGGUUACGUUGCCAAAUGUGUUUCCAAGAUGUGGUGGAGGAGCCUCGGUAGAUCAGGCGGCCGACCCCAUUGGGGAAAUACCAUGGUCCUGCUUCAUCGGAUGUACGAAGCACAUUUCCUUCCUACCCACAUCACGUUUCUCAUCAUCGGCGGCGCCAUCUAUACCGUCGCCGUCCCCGCUGAGCAAAUCCCGCCUUUGCUUCAACAGACCCUGAGCAUCACUGCCUACAUGCGGCUCAUGAGUAUUUUCAACUUCGGCAUGUUCUUCUAUCUGUACGAGGGGUAUCACUAUGUCUGCGUCAAGGGGCGCGAGGAGGAGAUGGUCCGCGUUGGCCUAGCGGAUCGGAUGUCGGGGGCUUUCUCAUAUCGGACCAUGGGGAAGAACUGCUUAGACUAUUGUUUCUUCCCGAUCGCAGGCGUGGCAUUCGGCAGCGUGCCGACGACGGUAGCGUUGCUGUGCCAUUUCUGGACUUUGCGUCUUGUCUACAAGGUGACGAAGAAGCCACCGUCGGCGGUAUCGACUCCUGCCUAG